CAGAUACCUCAUGCUUCAGGAGCAUCGAAUAAUAAUUUUCAUUAAACGUUAAACAUAAAAAAUAAAGGGCAAACCACUGUGAAAAUGUUCAAAUUAGAGGGACUGGGACCAAAGAUGGAUCCGGAGGAAAUGAAAAAGAAAAUGCGACAAGACGUCAUCACAUCUUUACGAAACUUUCUUAUUUACGUCGCCCUUCUCCGAGCCACUCCUUAUGUGCUGAAAAAGCUGGACAGUAUAUGACUUGAUCACCAGGACAUCUUCUCUACCCCUCUUUAGAGUGCGUUAUCUUCUUCACAAGAAGUCUGGACCAGGAUGACCUCAAGCAGUCAGAACACCACUCAUCACCAGGAUGUCUGAAAGUUGCUCUUACACAGCACCCUAAGGAAUUGCAUAAUGUAUACAGUGUUGUGAAUAUUAAGUGUUCAUGUAUGGGUUUUUUUUGUGUUAAGUUUGC